AGGCGAGAGCAAAAGAUGCUGGCCCCAAAGGCAACACACAAGAGGGUACGUCCACUGCCAACAUGGUUCAGAGGAACAACCACAACAACAGUAACAACAAGGGAAAGGGAAAGGCAUUCAAUAAUGCUGGUCCAAAGAACACUACCACUUUCAAGAAGAAGAAGAAAGGAGGCAACAAGGACAAGGAUCCUUGCUUUGUGUGCGGAGGACUUGGCCAUUGGGCGAGUAACUGCAAGGAGCGCAAAGGAGGACAGAUUCGGCAAAAGUUUGCAAAUUUGACCAUUGGCAACAAUGAAGAUGCAGGCAGGCCAUCAGCUCCUCAGUGAUGAUGGGGAACGACGCCCAUGCUUCUGUUCAUGGUGUUGGCACGGUGGAUCUGAAGUUUACUUCGGGAAAGAUCGUGCAGCUGAGGAACGUGCAGCAUGUGCCCUCCAUUCAGAAGAAUCUUGUUGGUGGAUCCCUCCUUUGCAAGGACGGAUUUAAGUUAGUGUUUGAGUCCAAUAAAGUUAUCGUGUCUAAGUAUGGACAAUUUAUUGGUAAAGGUUAUGAGUGCGGAGGUUUGUUCCGCUUAUCCCUUUUGGAUUUUUGUAAUAAGGUCGUGAACAGCGUCAAUUCUAUUAACAAUGAGUCUAAUGUUUGGCAUUCA